UCGGUUGCGCGCGGCCGAGUCGCGGAGGCGCCGCCGCAGCAGUCCCUGCGUCUGCGAGAAACAUGGCCGACAGCAAGGCGAAGCCCACCAAGGCUGCCAACAAGACACCCCCCAAGUCCCCAGGGGACCCUGCAAAGGACAAAGCAGCUAAGAGGCUGUCACUGGAGUCAGAAGGUGCCACCGAGGGGGCGGCCGCCUCAGCCCAGGAGCUCAGCGCCCUGGAGGAGGCCUUCCGGCGGUUCGCGGUGCACGGGGACACCAGGGCCACCGGGAAGGAGAUGCAUGGCAAGAACUGGUCGAAACUGUGCAAGGACUGCCAGGUGAUCGACGGGAAGAACGUGACUGUCACCGACGUGGACAUCGUAUUCAGCAAAAUCAAGGGCAAGUCCUGUCGGACCAUCACGUUCGAGCAGUUCAAGGAGGCGCUGGAGGAGCUCUCCAAGAAGAGAUUCAAGGACAAGAGCAGUGAGGAGGCCGUGCGAGAGGUGCACAGGCUCAUCGAGGGCAAGGCCCCCAUCAUCUCAGGAGUGACGAAAGCCAUCUCCUCGCCCACCGUGUCGCGGCUCACGGACACCACCAAGUUCACAGGCUCCCACAAGGAGCGCUUCGACCCAUCGGGCAGGGGCAAGGGCAAGGCCGGCCGCGUGGACCUGGUGGACGAGUCGGGCUACGUGCCAGGCUACAAGCACGCGGGCACCUACGACCAGAAGGUGCAGGGGGGCAAGUAGCCAGUCCCCCGGGGACAGGGCCUUCCUCCUUUGCUGGCCCCACAUCACCUCACACUUCUUUACAUUCCUGGGCUCACUGGGGCAGAACUCAGACGCUGGGGUGGAGGGGCUGUGGGUGACCCCAGACCUCCUCCUGCCUGGAGCCCCGGCAUGCUCCUCUCCUACCCCAGGUGCGGCCCCUGAACUCACUGACCUUCCUCUAAUGCACCUGCCUCAUCCCAUGUUGGGAAGUCAACAGAUGGUCAUUUCCAAAGUGUUUCCUGGAUCCAGACCACACAGGCCACCUGGUCUGCAGGUGAAAGGGGUGUUUUAAAGGAGCAGGUGGGACAGACCCUGCCAAAGGUGAUGCUGACCUCCUGACCAGCAGACCUGCCCGGGAACCACGAGGGCAACAUGCACUAAUGCACUAACCAGCAGCACCAGGGAGAUGAAGUGGACCUCGAACAGGACACAGGGACGUCUGCGAAGGCUCCAUUCAGAUGUGCGACACCCAGGUGCAUGCUUACACACGCACACACACGCUCAUGCACACACUCAUGCAGUCACGGACACAUGCUUACACAUGCUCAUGCACCCACACAUCCACUCACACACACAUGCUUACACACAUGCCCACGGACCAGGUCUGUGCCGAGGACGGUCAUGUGAACGAAGGCUGGUGUGCAAAGGAAGGUGAGCCAGUGAAAGAAUGCGCCUCAGGAGACCAAAGGAAAGUGAUCUGAAGUGUGAAGUUAGAAGUUUUUAAAAUGGAAACUAAGGACAGGUCAUUUCAUGUUGCUUUUUAAAGAAAAGAAGAAAUCAGAAGAAACAGUGGCUGUGUGUUUAUUCCCAGAGCGGAUCCGGGAAGAUUCAGAAUAUCCUGUUUCUGUGACUCUCUCUCCCUAUUGUCCCUGUGUCUCCAGGUCACGAGACCCUGUUGGCCCUGAGGCUCCCUCACAGACAGGUGUGUGAUGGGGCAUCUUCUGCCCGUCCCUGUUCUGAAAUCAGGGCCUCGGGGCUGCCAUCGCCGUGGCUACUCCCUUUGCUCACAGUGCAGCACAAAUCUCUGCGGCUCCGGCCUCUGCAGUUGAUUCUGAACUCUCCCGCCCUGGGAGUGCAGGAAACGGCACAACAAGACCAGGCUAGGGAGGGCCUCCCCCCAAGGCCCACGCAUAUGCUGGGGUUGGUGGGCGCUUUCACAGUGGCCACAAGGCAACACUCCAUUUGCAUAAAUGCAGCCACAGCCUGGUGUCACCUUCUGGGCCCGUGGUCCUGGAGCCGGUCCUGGGAAAAGCCCACGGCAGUCUCAGAAAAUGCUUCUGGAGCCCGGCUGCCACAGCUGGUGUCUGCUCUGCACCCCUUCCUGGUCACAAGGCCUGGCCUAGCACGGGCGGCCGAAGCAUGGACCAGCACUGC